CUCGUCUGGCUGCGGGGCGGCAGCGGCAGCGGCACCGGGACGCACCGGGGCGAGACGGGCACCGGCACCGGAGCGCAGCCCGGCUCGGGACCGGGCGGGGCGGGGGAACCGGCCGGCUCCAAACCCGCCCCCCGGCGCGGGAGGAGGCGGUGGCCGAGCCCCCCCGCCGCGCUCCAGCCGAGCCAGCCCCGCGCCAGCCCCGCGCCCCCCGCCCAUGGCGACCCCCGGCCCCACGCGUGCCCCGGCCCCGGCGCGGAGCCGCCGCUGAGCGCUGCGCACCGGCACCGGCACCGGCCCGGCGUCCAGAGCUUCAAUGUUCUGACUUGCUCUAAGAUGAAGGUAUGGAAGCGUGCAGCCAUUGCAUCGAUGCUCCUCAGUUCCGUGUUAUCCAUUUUAGUUUGUAGAGACAUGUUCAGCGGAAGCCGGGAAUUCAGCCCCUUGCCUUCCUCGUCGUCUUCCUCACGGGAUUCCUCCUCCUCCUCCUCUUCUUCCUCCUCCUCCUCCUCCUCCUCCUCGCUGCCGGCGGCUCCGCGGAGAUCCCCACGGGCCCUGCAACGCCACGGCUCUCUGCUGGCCCAGUACAGCGCCUUGCUGGAGAGCUACACGGAGGGCGAGAUCCGCCAGCUGAUCUCGGCGCUGGUGGAGCGCUACCGCCAGGCCAUGAACUCGGGCGGGCACGAGCUGCCGCUGUUCCCGCGCGCCGGCAGCCGCCGCAAGCGCGCCCGCGCCCGCCACAAACCCUGCGAGCUGCGCCAGCUGGAGGUCAGCGUCAGCGAGCUGGGCCUGGGCUACGAGUCGGACGAGACCGUCCUGUUCCGCUACUGCAGCGGCACCUGCGAGGCCGCCGUGCGCAGCUACGACCUCUCCCUCAAGAGCAUGAGGAGCCGCAGAAAGAUCCGGAAGGAGAAGGUGCGGGCGCGGCCGUGCUGCAGGCCGCUGGCCUACGACGACGACGUGUCCUUCCUGGACGCCUACAACCGCUACUACACCGUCAACGAGCUGUCGGCCAAGGAGUGCGGCUGCGUGUGACGGGCCCACCCGGGCACAGGGGCCGGCAUGGAGGCUGGAGCGGCCGGAGGAGGAGAGACUGAGCCGCUGGCGCGUCCCUCGGUGGCAGGACUAGAGACGUGGCCGCCGCCGCGGCGCAGGCGGUCGGAGCGGUGGCGGCGGCUUGAGGAUGUUGUCCCCUCUGCGGGUGGCCCAGAGGUCCCUGCUGAGGUGACAGUGGGUGUGCAGCAUGCACGGGGCGUGUCCAGCCCUCGGCGUGCACUGCGUGUCACAUGUGUCACGCGUGUCACGUGUGUCACAGGCUACGCUACCUGCAGAGGGGGUGGUGCAGCGCAGGUGUCUCUGGCAUGGGGGACACACACGUGCCAGGGGUUCUGUGUCAGGGUGUGGCACAGGGGUGUGGCACAGGGGUGUGGCAUGUGCAGGGGGUGUUGUGGGCAGUGCUGGUGCUGUGUGGUACUGGACAGGGUGUGCUGCACACCUGGGGUGUGUUUUGGGGUGUGCUGCACACCUGGGAUGUGUUUUGGGGUGUGUUGCACACUCUGGGUGUGUUUUGGGGUGUGCUGCACACCUGGGGCAUGUUUUGGGGUGUGUUGCACACCUGGGAUGUGUUUUGGGGUGUGCUGCUCACUCUGGGUGUGUUUUGGGGUGUGCUGCACACUCUGGGUGUGUUUUGGGGUGUGCUGCACACCUGGGGCGUGUUUUGGGGUGUGUUGCACACCUGGGAUGUGUUUUGGGGUGUGCUGCACACUGUGGGUGUGUUUUGGGGUGUGCUGCACACUCUGGGUGUGUUUUGGAGGUGCUGCACACCUGGGGCAUGUUUUAGGGUGUGUUACAGGUUUGGGGUGCAUCAGGUGCCCUGUGCUGCCCCAGGGUGGGAGCUGAGUCCUUCUCUCUGUAGCUUUGGGGUUUUGUGACCACCCUGAGCUGCUGGGGGAGGUCCAGGCGCCCCAGAUCCCGGUGUCUGGGGACACAGCAAUGACAACAGUGCUUUGCGUGUGGCUCUGACUCCCUCUGCCUUGUGCCCCCUUUGCCAUCGUCUCAUUCCUGCAGCCCUGGGGCUUUUCUUCUUAAAACUCGGGAUAAUCUGAAGUAACUGGAUUAACCUCCUGUGCCCCUGCCACGGGCAGCUGGGCCAGAGCCCUGCCACCACCAGGGAGGUGACAGAACCUCCCCAGGGCCACCAGCAGAGCCGGCACUCGGCGGCGUGGGCAGGAGCAUCCCUGGUUUGGCAUCUCCCAAAAUCGCCCCGGGAGCAUCCCCCGAGCUCUGCUCGGGGCUGGAAUCCUGCGGGAGAGGGGACUCAGCCUGGCUUUGGCUCCGCUCACAUUUACAGCAGUGUCACUGCUGUUUACUCUGCGGGGAAAUAAAUGAGCCCGCAGACUCUCACAUUCCCUGGGCAGGCUCGAGCUGUUGCCUGGGAUUGAUGGGUUUUCUCCCCUUGGCUCCCUUCCCAGAAAAAGCAAAUCAUAAACAGAAGGAGAAUAUUGGUGUCAUGUCCUGGGCAUUAACCAACGUGAGGGAAAACACUCCGUGUGCCACCCCCCGGCGUCCUGGCUCCUCUCUCCGGACAAACAGCGGGAAAAAUCCCUCGUGCCUUCAUCCCCAGGAGGAGGAGGAGGGCUGCUGUGGUGAUCCCAGCUCAGGGAUGGUGCUGCAGGAUUUUGGGGAAGCAGGAUGGCAUCCCUUAGGCGGGGAGCAGCAUCUCCAGUGUUGGACCAGCCACAUUCCCGACCUCCACACAGGCCCAGGCUGGUGGGGAUUUUUUUUUUCCCUUCCUUUUUAUCCAAACGCAGCUCUUGGCUGAGCAGAGCCAGGGUGUAGAGGAGGAAUAUAAACACCAUCCUUCAGCAGGGCUGGCGGCCCGGGAAGGCAGCCUGGACUCUGUAACACGGAGUUUUCCCUGGAUUUUGGGAAAGGCAGGAGGCGGCCGCGGGUGCGGGAUGUGAAACUGCACCCGGGAAAUGGGAACUGAGAGAGGAUAAACUCCACGCUCCAGGUGCAGCUCCCGAAGCAAGGUGUGAGUUUGCAGCCUGGUUUUGGCUGGAAAUGGGAAAAGUGGCCCAAAAGAAUCAGCUGGAGGAGGGGAAUGGCAGAUGGGCAGCGGGAGCUGCGCUGGGCUCGCAGUGGACAAGCGGCUUGCUUGAGUUUAAGAAAAAAAAAAAGCACCCAAAUCUAAUAAUAAUAAUGAUAAUAAUAAUAACAACUGUUCUCUCAAGGGCUUGGGUGCUUUCCAGGUCUCGCUGCUAUAAAACUAAAAUUAGUUUUGUUGCAGUAAGAAAAAAGGAAUGGAAGCAGAGCAGGGAAGGCAGGGGAGGUGGUGUGGAAGCUGUGCAGGGCCUGGCGCUGCAGAGGAGGGUCUGGAGCAGGAGCUGCCUCUGCUCAGUGUUUGCACUCUGCUUUGGGGUAUUUUUUGGCAGAAUCCAGGGAUUUAGGGUGCCUUGAUGGCGGGCACCCAGCCCAAGGGACCCUGCUCUCUCCAGAGUGGUGGUGGGAGCAGCAGGAAGACGAGGGGACAAGGGAGCAGCAGCUCGUGCUGGGACAUCUCCCAGCUGCCAAAAUCCCCCAUUCCCAGUGCAGAUCCAGCUUGGAGCCCCAAAACUGGGAGGAAAACCUGACUCAAUGCAGUGGUGCGUUAAACCCAGCAGGAAUAGCUCCAAUCCAUCAUUUUUUGCUUUUUUUUUUUUGUUUUUUUUUUUGUUUUUAAUUUCCCCCUGCUGGCAGCUCCAGCCCGUGUGGAGGGGGUGUUCCCCAUCUGCCUCACGCUGCUCCUGCUGGGUUUUUUUUUGGGAACAGCUGAGAUUUGCAGCCACAAACUCCCUGAUGGGGUGAGCUGGGGAAUCGUGGUGUGGCCAAAAGCAUGGAUUUUACUUCCACCCCUUUUUCAGGGCUCCUCCUCCUCGUGGAGCUCCUCCAGCUGUCCCGGUGCCAUCCCGCUGCCAGGCGGCGCUGGAAAUGUGGUUCCAAUAGAAAGGCUGAGGUUUCCCUAAUGCUUUCCAUUUCUCCAGCCCCUUCUGCUGUAAUAGGAGCUGGAGUUGUCCGGAAGAAUGUCUACAAUGCAAAAAAAAAAAGUGGAAAAUUCCCUCCUCAAAGCCACAGCAGAAUCUCAUCUGGCUCCUUCCUCAGCAUCCCAUGUGCUGGUUAAUAUUAAUAUUAAUAAUAAUAAUAAUAACCAGUGUGCAACAGCUGUUGAAGGGAUUUUGGGGUUGGGUUUUGGUUUGUCUGGGGCUGCAGCUCCUCCCAGGGAGCUCCUCUCUCAAGGAGAGGAGGGUUUGGAGAGCAGGUUUGGAAACACGAGGAGGUGUUUAAAUUUAUCCUGGUGGCUGUGACAGCACAAAAUCCCAGGGCUGUGCUCUCCCAGGCCUGGCACGGUGAGUUCUGGGGUUUCCAGUGCCUUUUCCAUCAGAUCCACACAUCCCACAAAUCUCUCGGGAUCCCGUUCGCUCCCAGGGUCUCGCUCCCAAUUUGGGAUCCAGGAGGGGAAAUCGGGUCCGACGUCGUUCCCACUCGAUGAGAGCGCUGGCACAGGGGAUGCUCUGGGUUUAAACAGCUCCAGGAUCCUGCUGGGAGGAAGGAUUUUCCCAAUUUAUCAAGAGAAAUGGUAUUUUGGUGGGAUCCAGAGCCCGCGGUAAAUUGGGAACGGGGCUGCCACGUGUUUUCCUUAUGGGCUGAACAAAGCGUGGCCUCGAAGGGGAGGCUCGAGAGAAAGGGGGAGAAAAGGGGAAAAGGAAAUAAAAGGAAAAGGAGGAAAAGCGGGGGGAGAAAAAAGAAAAAAAUGGGAAAAAGAAAAAAAGGGGGAAAAGAAAAAAAGGGGGAAAAGGAAAAAGGAAAAAAGGGAGGAAGGAAAAAGGAGGGAGGAGAAAAAAGUAAAAGAGGGAAAAAUGAUAAAGGAGAAAAAAAGGGAAAGGGGAAAAAGGAAAAAAAGGGAGGGAAGGGAAGGGAAAAAAGAAAUAAAAUGAAAAGGUGAAAAUCGGGGAAAGAAGAGAAGGUAAAAAGGGAAAGAGGAAAAAAGAGAAAAAGGUCAAAAAGGGAAAAAUAAUAAAGGAAAAAAGGGGGAAGGGCAAAAAGGAAACAAAAAUAAAAGAAGGGGAAAGAGGCUGAAGAGAAAAGGGGAAAAGGGAAAAGGGGAAAAAAGGAGAAAAAGGAGAAAAAAGGCAAAAAAAGGAAAAAUAAAAAAGGGGGGAAAUAAAAAAUGGGGAAAAGGAAAAAGGAGAAAAAGAAAAAAAGGGGGAAAAGGAAAAAAAAAGGUAGGAAAUGGGAAAGGGGGAAAAGGGAUUCCUGUUCCAGCACCAGCCGGAUUUUGCUGUUCCCCUCCGGAAUCGCCGGGCCCGGGCCCGGCUGCAGAAGUGGAUGCAAUGCAUCUGUAUUUUGGAUACUGCUAUUUAUUGGAAGUAACUUAUGUUAUUUAUUUAGAUCCCAAAGCGCCGCCUCCCAAACGCCUCCCACGCUCGCUCCCUUUUUUAUGUUAUUUAUUGACCCUGACGGUGCCAAGUGCAGUUUACAUUUAUUACAUUUGUACCAUUUAUCCUGAACCUUGAGGGGGGGAAAAUAAAAGGAGAUAAAAU